UAUCCUGUCAUAUUCAUACACGUAUCAAAGGCAUCUUGACAUUCUGAAUCCUUUCAAGUAAGAUCUCUGUUAGGUGGUUAUUUAUGCAAAAUAAAAUGUCUUUUUAUAUUAGAAAAUAAAGGUACUUUUGUAAAGAUUGAGAUUGUAGUUCCUUGCCAACCAACUAUCCAUAUAUUGCUCCCCAACACAAGCAAAUAACACAACACAAACUUAGAAAUGGAAGAAGAGAAGAGAUUGGAGCUUAGGCUGGCUCCUCCCUGUCACCAACUCACUCACAACAGCAACAUCAAUGGAUCUAAACAAAGAAGCCUCACCAAAGAAACAUCAUUUGUUUCCAAUAACAGGGUGGAGGCAGCUCCAGUGGUGGGAUGGCCGCCGGUAAGAUCAUCCCGGCGAUACCUAACGUCACAGCUAAAGGAGGAGAUGAAGAAGAUAGAGAGUGAUGAAGAGAGAGAGUUAUACGUUAAGAUCAACAUGGAAGGAGUUCCCAUCGGAAGAAAAGUCAACCUCUCGGCUUAUAACAACUACCAACAGCUUUCACAUGCCGUUGACCAACUCUUCAAGAAAGAUUCGUCGGAUCUAAACAGACAAUACACUUUGGUCUACGAAGACACUGAAGGAGAUAAAGUCCUGGUCGGAGAUGUUCCUUGGGAGAUGUUUGUAUCGACCGUGAAGAGGUUGCAUGUUUUAAAGACCUCCCACGUUUCCAUGCUCUCACCUAGAAAAAGCUGCAAGGAAUAGAGUUGAGGUUCGCCACAAUCAUCAGUUCGAUGAUCUGUUUUUAAAAAUGUAAUUUAUGGAAACCAUGGGGCUUGGCUUGAUGUACUGAAUUUUUUUUCUGUUCGUUAGAAUUUGUUUUUCCAACGUAUGUUCUAGUUUUUUGUGAUUCUGGAAGAUGAUUUUGUGUAAAUAGGCUGUUUGUUUAAUUAAGCUGGGUGUGGUAUUAUGUAUUCGCGUGUAUAAACUAUAAAGAUAUUGGAAACACAAGUUGAGUAUUGCUUCUAA